CUCCCUUGGAGCAGUCCAUCCUGGUGCCUCUUCAGUAAAUCAGUAUCUGAGGAUACUUCCAGACUCUCUGUCACUGACAAAAAUCCUAAAGAAGGAGUCGAGACUGAAAACAAUGAUCACAUUAAUUUGAAGGUGAUAGGGCAAGAUGAGUUGCUGGUGCCAUUUAACAUUAAGAGACAGUCAACAUUUAGUAAACUAAUUAAAGCCAAAUGUAAACUACAGAAUACACCUGCACCAUUGGAAAUGGAGGAUGAAGAUACAAUUGAUAUAUUCCAACAUCAGAUAGGAGGCAUUUGCUAA